CCUCCUUCUCCUCUUCUCCAAACAUCACAGGUAUUAUUUCUGCAGACCAGAGAAGAAUCUGACCGAUGAGUUCUUUCCUCUCCAGAACAUUUGGACGAUGCGCUGAAGGAUCCACAGCGUGAGAGCGACUUCCAAACGUCCAUCUGCAGCAACACUCCAUCAUGUGGAUUAUCGCGGCUGCUCUCCUGACGACGGUCGGUCCCGGCUGGAGCUGGGGGUGCCAGCUGCCGAGCGACUGGAGGCCCCAGACGGAGGCGUGCCGCGCCGAGCUGGCGGAGAUCAUCGUGUUCGCCAAGGUUCUGGCCCUGCACAAGGAGCCUUACAACUACCUGCCCUGGCAGCAGGACACGGACCUGCUCUACUCGGCCGAGAUCGAGCUGCUGUGCGACCAGGCAUGGGGCAGCAUGCUGGAGGUGCCGGCGGGCUCCAGGGUCAACGUCACCGGCCUGGGCUACUUCCCGUGUUUCUCCUACAGCGUGACCCCCAACAACAACUACUACUUCUUUGUCAGGAUGGAUGAAAACUACAACAUCGUCCCCCACGGAGUGAACUUCCAAGACGCCAUCUUCCCAGACACGGCGGACAACCAUCGGGCGUUCGCCAGCCUGUUCCAGUUUGCCAACUGCACGCCCGGGACUCAGGUCCACAGCUUCACCCCGGAGUGGGAGGCUCAGGAAGACAGCAGGCUGUUGUGCUCGGCGGUGCAGAAGGCCCUGUUCGAGGAGGAGGAGAAGGUGAGGACGCUCUCUCAGAACGUGCGCUACUUGGAGAAGGCCAACGGCCACCUGAAGGAGAAGGUGAGGACCAUGAAGCGUCUCCUGCGCCAGGCCCAGCGCGGCACUGCCAAGGAGCAGCAAACGCUCAGCCUCAAGCAGCUUUAUGAGUCAAAGACAACCCGGACCCACCCUCACCAGGACACCACCCGGGACCAGAAGGAUCCUGCCCUGAAGAGGGCGCUGGCAAGGAAGUCAAAGAAGUAGGAGAACUAUCAGCAGGCUUAACAUGGGUCUUAUAUUCGCAUCUUAUUAUGAUGAUUCCAUAAGGAUCAUUCUGCAGUACCGUAUUUUUCGAACUAUAAGGUGCACUUAAAAUCCUUUCAUUUUCUCCAAAAAUGGACAGUGCGCCUUUUAACCCGGUGCGCCUAAUGUAGGUAUUCAUUCUGGUUGUGCUUACCGGCCUGGAAGCUAUUUCAUUCGGUGCAUUGUGUAAUGAUAAGUGUGACCAGUAGACGGCAGUCACACAUAAGAGAUACGUGUGGACUGCCGGGUGACUGACACAGGUUCAAUAAAUGACGCCAGCAAGAACAUGUAAGCAAGCAACGCCAAAGCAUUGGUUUUUCACUGAGAAUAUAGAACAUUAGAAAAAAAAAACUGUCAAAAUGUUUUAAUACGACUUUGGUAAGCUACGAAGUCGCCCCGAUUGAAGUAUUGUCGCACCAUUACGUCUACCAUAGUCCAACGUACUGUGCUUCAGCGGUAUUAUUAUGGUGUGUGUAUAAGGACCCCAAAAUGGCACCUAUUAGGAGACUUAAAGAUGGUCUGUAAAACAUAAGCUAUGCAAAAUUUGAACCAAAGGACCAUCAUUACAUGUUAUGUAGACCAAGUGUUUUUAAACCACUGUGCCGCGACACACUAGGGUGCCGUGAGAUACAGUCUGGUGUGCAGUGGGAGAUUAUCUAAUUUCACCUGUUUGGGUUGAAAAUAUUUUUUACAAACCAGUAUUUAAAGUCUGCAAAUUACGUGUUGUUGUUGAGUGUCGGUUCUGUCAAGAGCUCGGCAGAGUAACCGUGUAAUACUCUUCCAUAUAGGUAGGUAGCAGCAGGUAGCUAAUUGCUUUGUAGAUGUCGGAAACAGCGGGAGGCAUCAUGCAGGUAAAAAGGUAUCUAGUGCUUAAACCAAAAAUAGACAAAAAGUGAGUGCCCCUAAAAAAAGCCAUUGAAGCUCAGGGAUGGCUAUGCAGAACGAAACUAAAACUGAACUGGCCAUAAAGUAAACAAAAACAGAAUGCUGGACGACAGCAAAAACUUACUGUGGAGCAAAAGUACAUCCGAACAUGACGUGACAAUCAACAAUGUGCCCACAAAGAAAGAUAAAAACAACUAAACUAUUCUUGAUUGCUAAGACAAAGUAGAUGCGGGAAAUAUCGCUCAAAGGAAGACAUGAAACUGCUAGAGGAAAAUACCAAAAAAAGAGAAAAAGCCACCAAAAUAGGAGGGCAAGACAAAAAGUAAAAGACUACACAUAGGAAAAAAGCAAAAAAACUCCAAAUAAGUCAGGGUGUGAUGUGACAGGUGGUGACAGUACACCUACUUUGAGACAAGAGCUAUAUUGAUGCAAGCUUGGUUAUGGUUUAAAGUCAUAUCCAACAAUUGCGACAACGACUUUUUACUGUCAACUGAGUUUUGUUUUUUAAUGAUUUCUGCGAGUGGUGUGCCUUCGGAUUUUUUCAACGCAAAAAAUGUGCCUUGGCCCAGAAAAGGUUGAAAAACACAGAUGUAGAUAGAUAGAUAGAUAGAUAGAUAGUACUUUAUUGAUUCCUUCAGGAGAGUUCCUUCAGGAAAAUUAUGACCACAAGGAAGUCUUUUAAAUGUCGACAAAUCAGAUUAUAAUAUGACUCCUUAAAUGCGCCUUAUGUAUGAAAAUAGACCUGAAUAGACCUACUUUUCGACAAUGUGCCUUAUAAUCCAAUGCGCCUUAUGGUUCGAAAAAUACGGAACUUAAUAGGGCUUCUCUUAUUUUAACAUUGCAUGUACAGUAUAUUUUAAUUAAACAUAUUGCUUCCAGAUGAAUUCAAACCAAGGGCUCUGUAAAACUGUGACCUCUGACACAAGAGAGGACAUUGUGGAGAGAAAUCAGAAAUAUUCUUCAAAAAUCAUAAACACCUCGGCAGACACAAGACAUGAUACAACGUUGAUUAUGCAGUACAUACUAACAACGUUUCAAAAUAGUUGUAUUUGUAAAUUGAGUCAUUUUCUGUUGGGAAAUGACCAUAUUUCAAUGGUGAAAUCAACGUCUGAAAACCCUACGUUGAUUUAACGUCGUCAAAAAGCAUGUUGUGUCAACAUUGUAUUUGUGUUGUAGAAUAUUGGUUGAGAAAUAAGCAAUUUUCAAUGGUCAAAUCAACGUCACAACCCAACAUUAAUUAAACGUUGUUAAAGAGCAUGUUGUUUCAACGUUGUAUUUGUGUUGUAGAAUAUUGGUUGGGAAAUAAGCAGUUUUCAAUGGUCAAAUCAACGUCUGAAAACCCCACGUUGAUUUAACGUCGUCAAAAAGCAUGUUGUUUCAACAUUGUAUUUGUGUUGUAGAAUAUUGGUUGAGAAAUAAGCAAUUUUCAAUGGUCAAAUCAACGUCACAACCCAACAUUAAUUAAACGUUGUUAAAGAGCAUGUUGUUUCAACGUUGUAUUUGUGCUGUAGAACAUUGGUUGGGAAAUUACCAGUUUCAAAGGUUAAAUCAACGUCAGAACCCAACAUUGAUUAAACGUCGUCAAGAAGCAUGUUGUUUUGACGUUGUAUUUGUGUUGUAGAAUAUUGGUUGGGAAAUUACCAAAUUUCAAUGGUCAAAUCAACGUCAGAACCCAACAUUGAGUAAACGUCGUCAAAAUGCAUGUUGUUUUGACGUUGUAUUUGUCUUGUAGAAUAUUGGUUGGGAAAUGAUCAAAUUUCAAUGGUCAAAUCAACGUCACAACCUGUCGUUGAUUUAAUGUCGUCAAAAAGCAUGUUGUUUCAAUGUGGUACUGGUGUUGUAGGACCUUUGUAGAGAAAUAAACAAUUUUUAACGGUCAAAUUAACGCCACAACCCAACAUUAAUUAAACGUUGUUAAAGAGCAUGUUGUUUCGACGUUGUAUUUGUAGUGUACAAUAUUGGUUGGGAAAUGACCAAAUUUCAAUGGUCAAAUCAACGACAGAACCCAACAUUGAUUAAACAUCAUCAAAAAGGAUGUUAUUUUGACGUUAUAUUUGUGUUGUAGAAUAUUGGUUGUAAAAAGACCAAAUUUCAAUGGUAAAAUUAACGUCACAACCUGACAUUGAUUUAACGUUGUCAAAAAGCAUGUUGUUUCAAUGUGGUAUUUGUGUUGUAGAAUAUUGGUUGGGAAAUUACCAAAUUUCAAUGGUCAAAUCAACGUCAGUACCCAACAUUGAGUAAACGUCGUCAAAAAGCAUGUUGUUUUGACGUUGUAUUUGUGUUGUAGAAAAUUGGUUGGGAAAUGAUCAAAUUUCAAUGGUCAAAUCAACGUCACAACCUGUCAUUGAUUUAAUGUCGUCAAAAAGCAUGUUGUUUCAAUGUGGUAUUGGUGUUGUAGGACCUUUGUAGAGAAAUAAACACUUUUUAACGGUCAAAUUAACGCCACAACCCAACGUUAAUUAAACGUUGUUAAAGAGCAUGUUGUUUCAACGUUGUAUUUGUGUUGUAGAAUAUUGGUUGUAAAAUGACCAAAUUUCAAUGGUCAAAUAAACGUCAGAACCCAAUAUUGAGUAAACGUCGUCAAAAAGCAUGUUGUUUUGACGUUGUAUUUUUGUUGUAGAAUUUUGUUUGGGAAAUGACCAAAUUUCAAUGGUCAAAUCAACGUCACUACCUGUCAUUGAUUUAAUGUUGUCAAAAAGCAUGUUGUUUCAAUGUGGUAUUUGUGUUGUAGGACCUUCGUAGAGAAAGAACCAAUUUUUAACGGUCAAAUUAACGCCACAACCCAACAUUAAUCAAACGUUGUUAAAGAGCAUGUUGUUUCAAUGUUGUAUUUGUAGUGUAGAAUAUUGGUUGGGAAAUGACCAAAUUUCAAUGGUCAAAUCAACGACAGAACCCAACAUUGAUUAAACGUCAUCAAAAAGCAUGUUAUUUUGACGUUAUAUUUGUGUUGUAGAAUAUUGGUUGUAAAAAGACCAAAUUUCAAUGGUCAAAUUAACGUCACAUCCUGACAUUGAUUUAACGUUGUCAAAAAGCAUGUUGUUUCACUGUGGUAUUUGUGUUGUAGAAUAUUGGUUGGGAAAUUACCAAAUUUCAAUGGUCAAAUCAACGUCAGAACCCAACAUUGAGUAAACGUCGUCAAAAAGCAUGUUGUUUUGACGUUGUAUUUGUCUUGUAGAAUAUUGGUUGGGAAAUGAUCAAAUUUCAAUGGUCAAAUCAACGUCACAACCUGUCAUUGAUUUAAUGUCGUCAAAAAGCAUGUUGUUUCAAUGUGGUAUUGGUGCUGUAGGACCUUUGUAGGGAAAUAAACAAUGUUUAACGGUCAAAUUAACGCCACAACCCAACGUUAAUUAAACGUUGUUAAAGAGCAUGUUGUUUCAAUGUUGUAUUUGUAGUGUAGAAUAUUGGUUGGGAAAUGACCAAAUUUCAAUGGUCAAAUCAACGUCAGAACCCAACAUUGAGUAAACGUCGUCAAAAAGCAUGUUGUUUUGACGUUGUUAUUUGUCUUGUAGAAUAUUGGUUGGGAAAUGAUCAAAUUUCAAUGGUCAAAUCAACGUCACAACCUGACAUUGAUUUAAUGUCGUCAAAAAGCAUGUUGUUUCAAUGUGGUAUUGGUGUUGUAGGACCUUCGUAGAGAAAUAAACAAUUUUUAACGGUCAAAUUAACGCCACAACCCAACAUUAAUUAAACGUUGCUAAAGAGCAUGUUGUUUCGACGUUGUAUUUGUAGUGUACAAUAUUGGUUGGGAAAUGACCCAAUUUCAAUGGUCAAAUCAACGACAGAACCCAACAUUGAUUAAACAUCAUCAAAAAGGAUGUUAUUUUGACGUUAUAUUUGUGUUGUAGAAUAUUGGUUGUAAAAAGACCAAAUUUCAAUGGUAAAAUUAACGUCACAACCUGACAUUGAUUUAACGUUGUCAAAAAGCAUGUUGUUUCAAUGUGGUAUUUGUGUUGUAGAAUAUUGGUUGGGAAAUUACCAAAUUUCAAUGGUCAAAUCAACGUCAGAACCCAACAUUGAGUAAACGUCGUCAAAAAGCAUGUUGUUUUGACGUUGUAUUCGUCUUGUAGAAUAUUGGUUGGGAAAUGAUCAAAUUUCAAUGGUCAAAUCAACGUCACAACCUGUCAUUGAUUUAAUGUCGUCAAAAAGCAUGUUGUUUCAAUGUGGUAUUGGUGUUGUAGGACCUUUGUAGAGAAAUAAACAAUUUUUAACGGUCAAAUUAACGCCACAACCCAACGUUAAUCGAACGUUGUUAAAGAGCAUGUUCUUUCAAUGUUGUAUUUGUAAUGUAGAAUAUUGGUUGGGAAAUUACCAAAUUUCAAUGGUCAAAUCAACGUCAGAACCCAACAUUGAGUAAACGUCGUCAAAAAGCAUGUUGUUUGACGUUGUUAUUUGUCUUGUAGAAUAUUGGUUGGGAAAUGAUCAAAUUUCAAUGGUCAAAUCAACGUCACAACCUGACAUUGAUUUAAUGUCGUCAAAAAGCAUGUUGUUUCAAUGUGGUAUUGGUGUUGUAGGACCUUUGUAGAGAAAUAAACAAUUUUUAACGGUCAAAUUAACGCCACAACCCAACAUUAAUUAAACGUUGCUAAAGAGCAUGUUGUUUCAAUGUUGUAUUUGUAGUGUAGAAUAUUGGUUGGGAAAUGACCAAAUUUCAAUGGUCAAAUCAACGACAGAACCCAACAUUGAUUAAACGUCAUCAAAAAGCAUGUUAUUUUGACGUUAUAUUUGAGUUGUAGAAUAUUGGUUGUAAAAAGACCAAAUUUCAAUGGUCAAAUUAACGUCACAACCUGACAUUGAUUUAACGUUGUCAAAAAGCAUGUUGUUUCAAUGUGGUAUUUGUGUUGUAGAAUAUUGGUUGGGAAAUUACCAAAUUUCAAUGGUCAAAUCAACGUCAGAACCCAACAUUGAGUAAACGUCGUCAAAAAGCAUGUUGUUUUGACGUUGUAUUUGUCUUGUAGAAAAUUGGUUGGGAAAUGAUCAAAUUUCAAUGGUCAAAUCAACGUCACAACCUGUCAUUGAUUUAAUGUCGUCAAAAAGCAUGUUGUUUCAAUGUGGUAUUGGUGUUGUAGGACCUUUGUAGAGAAAUAAACAAUUUUUAACGGUCAAAUUAACGCCACAACCCAACGUUAAUCAAACGUUGUUAAAGAGCAUGUUGUUUCAAUGUUGUAUUUGUAAUGUAGAAUAUUGGUUGGGAAAUUACCAAAUUUCAAUGGUCAAAUCAACGUCAGAACCCAACAUUGAGUAAACGUCGUCAAAAAGCAUGUUGUUUUGACGUUGUUAUUUGUCUUGUAGAAUAUUGGUUGGGAAAUGAUCAAAUUUCAAUGGUCAAAUCAACGUCACAACCUGUGAUUGAUUUAAUGUCGUCAAAAAGCAUGUUGUUUCAAUGUGGUAUUGGUGUUGUAGGACCUUUGUAGAGAAAUAAACAAUUUUUAACGGUCAAAUCAACGCCACAACCCAACAUUAAUUAAACGUUGUUAAAGAGCAUAUUGUUUCAACGUUGUAUUUGUAGUGUAGAAUAUUGAUUGGGAAAUGACCAAAUUUCAAUGGUCAAAUCAACGACAGAAGCCAACGUUGAUUAAACGUCAUCAAAAUGCAUGGUAUUUUGACGUUAUAUUUGUGUUGUAGAAUAUUGGUUGUAAAAUGACCAAAUUUCAAUGGUCAAAUUAACGUCACAACCUGACAUUGAUUUAACGUUGUCAAAAAGCAUGUUGUUUCAAUGUGGUAUUUGUGUUGUAGAAUAUUGGUUGGGAAAUGACCAAAUUUCAAUGGUCAAAUAAAAGACAGAACCCAACAUUGAUUAAACGUCGUCAAAAAGCAUGUUGUUUUGACGUUGUAUUUUUGUUGUAGAAUAUUGGUUGGGAAAUUACCAAAUUUCAAUGGUCAAAUCAACGUCAGAACCCAAUAUUGAGUAAACGUCGUCAAAAAGCAUGUUGUUUUGACGUUGUAUUUGUCUUGUAGAAUAUUGGUUGGGAAAUGAUCAAAUUUCAAUGGUCAAAUCAACGUCACAACCUGUCGUUGAUUUAAUGUCGUCAAAAAGCAUGUUGUUUCAAUGUGGUACUGGUGUUGUAGGACCUUUGUAGAGAAAUAAACAAUUUUUAACGGUCAAAUUAACGCCACAACCCAACAUUAAUUAAACGUUGUUAAAGAGCAUGUUGUUUCGACGUUGUAUUUGUAGUGUACAAUAUUGGUUGGGAAAUGACCAAAUUUCAAUGGUCAAAUCAACGACAGAACCCAACAUUGAUUAAACAUCAUCAAAAAGGAUGUUAUUUUGACGUUAUAUUUGUGUUGUAGAAUAUUGGUUGUAAAAAGACCAAAUUUCAAUGGUAAAAUUAACGUCACAACCUGACAUUGAUUUAACGUUGUCAAAAAGCAUGUUGUUUCAAUGUGGUAUUUGUGUUGUAGAACAUUGGUUGGGAAAUUACCAAAUUUCAAUGGUCAAAUCAACGUCAGUACCCAACAUUGAGUAAACGUCGUCAAAAAGCAUGUUGUUUUGACGUUGUAUUUGUGUUGUAGAAAAUUGGUUGGGAAAUGAUCAAAUUUCAAUGGUCAAAUCAACGUCACAACCUGUCAUUGAUUUAAUGUCGUCAAAAAGCAUGUUGUUUCAAUGUGGUAUUGGUGUUGUAGGACCUUUGUAGAGAAAUAAACACUUUUUAACGGUCAAAUUAACGCCACAACCCAACGUUAAUUAAACGUUGUUAAAGAGCAUGUUGUUUCAACGUUGUAUUUGUGUUGUAGAAUAUUGGUUGUAAAAUGACCAAAUUUCAAUGGUCAAAUAAACGUCAGAACCCAAUAUUGAGUAAACGUCGUCAAAAAGCAUGUUGUUUUGACGUUGUAUUUUUGUUGUAGAAUAUUGUUUGGGAAAUGACCAAAUUUCAAUGGUCAAAUCAACGUCACUACCUGUCAUUGAUUUAAUGUUGUCAAAAAGCAUGUUGUUUCAAUGUGGUAUUUGUGUUGUAGAAUCUUCGUAGAGAAAUAACCAAUUUAUAACGGUCAAAUCAACGCCACAACCCAACAUUACUUAAACAUUGUUAAAGAGCAUGUUGUUUCAAUGUUGUAUUUGUGUUGUAGAACAUUGGUUGUAAAAUGACCAGCUUCAAAGGUUAAAUCAACGUCAGAACCCAACAUUUAUUAAACGUCGUCAAAAAGCAUGUUGUUUUGACGUUGUAUUUGUCUUGUAGAAUAUUGUUUGGGAAAUGACCAAAUUUCAAUGGUCAAGUCAACGUCACAACCUGUCAUUGAUUUAAUGUCGUCAAAAAGCAUGUUGUUUCAAUGUGGUAUUGGUGUUGUAGGACCUUCGCAGAGAAAGAACCAAUUUUUAACGGUCAAAUUAACGCCACAACCCAACAUUAAUCAAACGUUGUUAAAGAGCAUGUUGUUUCAAUGUUGUAUUUGUAGUGUAGAAUAUUGGUUGGGAAAUGACCAAAUUUCAAUGGUCAAAUCAACGACAGAACCCAACAUUGAUUAAACGUCAUCAAAAAGCAUGUCAUUUUGACGUUAUAUUUGUGUUGUAGAAUAUUGGUUGUAAAAAGACCAAAUUUCAAUGGUCAAAUUAACGUCACAUCCUGACAUUGAUUUAACGUUGUCAAAAAGCAUGUUGUUUCACUGUGGUAUUUGUGUUGUAGAAUAUUGGUUGGGAAAUUACCAAAUUUCAAUGGUCAAAUCAACGUCAGAACCCAACAUUGAGUAAACGUCGUCAAAAAGCAUGUUGUUUUGACGUUGUAUUUGUCUUGUAGAAUAUUGGUUGGGAAAUGAUCAAAUUUCAAUGGUCAAAUCAACGUCACAACCUGUCAUUGAUUUAAUGUCGUCAAAAAGCAUGUUGUUUCAAUGUGGUAUUGGUGCUGUAGGACCUUUGUAGGGAAAUAAACAAUGUUUAACGGUCAAAUUAACGCCACAACCCAACGUUAAUUAAACGUUGUUAAAGAGCAUGUUGUUUCAAUGUUGUAUUUGUAGUGUAGAAUAUUGGUUGGGAAAUGACCAAAUUUCAAUGGUCAAAUCAACGUCAGAACCCAACAUUGAGUAAACGUCGUCAAAAAGCAUGUUGUUUGAUGUUGUUAUUUGUCUUGUAGAAUAUUGGUUGGGAAAUGAUCAAAUUUCAAUGGUCAAAUCAACGUCACAACCUGACAUUGAUUUAAUGUCGUCAAAAAGCAUGUUGUUUCAAUGUGGUACUGGUGUUGUAGGACCUUUGUAGAGAAAUAAACAAUUUUUAACGGUCAAAUUAACGCCACAACCCAACAUUAAUUAAACGUUGCUAAAGAGCAUGUUGUUUCAAUGUUGUAUUUGUAGUGUAGAAUAUUGGUUGGGAAAUGACCAAAUUUCAAUGGUCAAAUCAACGACAGAACCCAACAUUGAUUAAACGUCAUCAAAAAGCAUGUUAUUUUGACGUUAUAUUUGAGUUGUAGAAUAUUGGUUGUAAAAAGACCAAAUUUCAAUGGUCAAAUUAAUGUCACAACCUGACAUUGAUUUAACGUUGUCAAAAAGCAUGUUGUUUCAAUGUGGUAUUUGUGUUGUAGAAUAUUGGUUGGGAAAUUACCAAAUUUCAAUGGUCAAAUCAACGUCAGAACCCAACAUUGAGUAAACGUCGUCAAAAAGCAUGUUGUUUUGACGUUGUAUUUGUCUUGUAGAAUAUUGGUUGGGAAAUGAUCAAAUUUCAAUGGUCAAAUCAACGUCACAACCUGUCAUUGAUUUAAUGUCGUCAAAAAGCAUGUUGUUUCAAUGUGGUAUUGGUGUUGUAGGACCUUUGUAGAGAAAUAAACAAUUUUUAACGGUCAAAUUAACGCCACAACCCAACGUUAAUCAAACGUUGUUAAAGAGCAUGUUGUUUCAAUGUUGUAUUUGUAAUGUAGAAUAUUGGUUGGGAAAUUACCAAAUUUCAAUGGUCAAAUCAACGUCAGAACCCAACAUUGAGUAAACGUCGUCAAAAAGCAUGUUGUUUUGACGUUGUUAUUUGUCUUGUAGAAUAUUGGUUGGGAAAUGAUCAAAUUUCAAUGGUCAAAUCAACGUCACAACCUGUGAUUGAUUUAAUGUCGUCAAAAAGCAUGUUGUUUCAAUGUGGUAUUGGUGUUGUAGGACCUUUGUAGAGAAAUAAACAAUUUUUAACGGUCAAAUCAACGCCACAACCCAACAUUAAUUAAACGUUGUUAAAGAGCAUAUUGUUUCAACGUUGUAUUUGUAGUGUAGAAUAUUGAUUGGGAAAUGACCAAAUUUCAAUGGUCAAAUCAACGACAGAAGCCAACGUUGAUUAAACGUCAUCAAAAUGCAUGGUAUUUUGACGUUAUAUUUGUGUUGUAGAAUAUUGGUUGUGAAAUGACCAAAUUUCAAUGGUCAAAUUAACGUCACAGCCUGACAUUGAUUUAACGUUGUCAAAAAGCAUGUUGUUUCAAUGUGGUAUUUGUGUUGUAGAAUAUUGGUUGGGAAAUGACCAAAUUUCAAUGGUCAAAUAAAAGACAGAACCCAACAUUGAUUAAACGUCGUCAAAAAGCAUGUUGUUUUGACGUUGUAUUUUUGUUGUAGAAUAUUGGUUGGGAAAUUACCAAAUUUCAAUGGUCUAAUCAACGUCAGAACCCAAUAUUGAGUAAACGUCGUCAAAAAGCAUGUUGUUUUGACGUUGUAUUUGUCUUGUAGAAUAUUGGUUGGGAAAUGAUCAAAUUUCAAUGGUCAAAUCAACGUCACAACCUGUCAUUGAUUCAUUGUCGUCAAAAAGCAUGUUGUUUCAAUGUGGUAUUGGUGUUGUAGGACCUUCGUAGAGAAAUAAACAAUUUUUAACGGUCAAAUUAACGCCACAACCCAACAUUAAUUAAACGUUGUUAAAGACCAUGUUGUUUCAACGUUGUUUUUGUAGUGUAGAAUAUUGGUUGGGAAAUGACCACAUUUCAAUGGUCAAAUCAACGUCAGAACCCAACAUUGAGUAAACGUCGUCAAAUAGCAUGUUGUUUUGACGUUGUUAUUCGUCUUGUAGAAUAUUGGUUGGGAAAUGAUCAAAUUUCAAUGGUCAAAUCAACGUCACAACCUGACAUUGAUUUAAUGUCGUCAAAAAGCAUGUUGUUUCAAUGUGGCAUUGGUGUUGUAGGACCUUCGUAGAGAAAUAAACAAUUUUUAACGGUCAAAUUAACGCCACAACCCAACAUUAAUUAAACGUUGUUAAAGAGCAUGUUAUUUCAACGUUGUAUUUGUAGUGUAGAAUAUUGGUUGGGAAAUGACCAAAUUUCAAUGGUCAAAUCAACGACAGAACCCAACAUUGAUUAAACGUCGUCAAAAAGCAUGUUGUUUUGACGUUGUAUUUGUGUUGUAGAAUAUUGGUUGGGAAAUGACCAAAUUUCAAUGGUCAAGUCAACGUCACAACCUGUCAUUGAUUUAAUGUCGUCAAAAAGCAUGUUGUUUCAAUGUGGUAUUUGUGUUGUAGAAUAUUCGUAGAGAAAGAACCAAUUUUUAACGGUCAAAUAACGCCACAACCCAACAUUAAUUAAACGUUGUUAAAGAGCAUGUUGUUUCGACGUUGUAUUUGUGUUGUAAAAUAUUGGUUGUAAAAUGACCAAAUUUCAAUUGUCAAAUAAACGUCAGAACCCAACAUUGAGUAAACGUCGUCAAAAAGCAUGUUGUUUUGACGUUGUAUUUGUCUUGUAGAAUAUUGGUUGUAAAAAGACCAAAUUUCAAUGGUCAAAUUAACGUCACAACCUGACAUUGAUUUAACUUUGUCAAAAAGCAUGUUGUUUCAAUGUGGUAUUUGUGUUGUAGAAUAUUGGUUGGGAAAUUACCAAAUUUCAAUGGUCAAAUCAACGUCAGAACCCAACAUUGAGUAAACGUCGUCAAAAAGCAUGUUGUUUUGAUGUUGUUAUUUGUCUUGUAGAAUAUUGGUUGGGAAAUUAUCAAAUUUCAAUGGUCAAAUCAA